AUGUUCAAGGGGUGUAAACCGUCGAGCAUCAUCGCCCGGUGCGCCGACGGGCGACGAUCGAGCGAGGACGCGCACUCGGGGGAGUGGGGGGCGUCGUUCGAACGAUUUCGAGCCGAGCGUAAUGAAUUGAGCGAGCACGAGGCCGAACUCGCGUGGAAGGCGCAGCAAGAGGCGAUGUUGCAGGAAGAAGAGGUGGCGACGCGGUUGUACGCGGAGAUGGACGUUUUAGAGGGACCGGGGGGGGGAAGGGCGUCGGGGGGGAAGAUCGAGGGCGCGGCGAGCGGGACGGUGCGCGCGUCGCCGACGGCGGCGGAUGUCAGGGCGGCGCAGCAGGCUGAUAAGAACCCGUUCGCGCGCUCGGGAUAG